CGAAUAUAGUUUCUCAUUGUCUGACAAGGGCAUGUAAGUUUCUCGUUAAUUUUACGAGAAUGAUUACGCAUAACGAACAAUCCGGUUAUUCUGCUGGAAUUUAACAGAGGCUGGCGUCCUGGCCCAAUUCUAGUUACGAUAGUGUCACUGCUAAUUAUGGCAUACUACGCGCGCCAAAUGAAUCCAAUAGUAGCUACCUGCAACCGUAAACAGCAAUGUUUAAGACUUGAUUUUUUCGCAGAAUGCAGCGAUAUUAAUUGCAACAUUUUCUAGCUGAUAAUAGUAUGAAACAUUAACCACAUAAUUUGUAUAAAUAAAUACAUCCAUCGAAAUAGGCAAAAAAUUAAAUUCUAGUAUUCUCGAAUUGAAAUUACUAUUCCAUAGCCUUCUGUGGUACCAUAUAAAUCUUGAUGAAGUUGCUUCGUGACAAAUAUGAUGUUUUUGUUAAUUUACUUUUGAUAGCAUUUACAGAUUUUUAUGGCUAAUAAUGUUAGUUUAAAUUUCACUCUGUAAUUUUGUGAAAUUAUAUCGUUUCGCUUGCAAAGAACUGGUACCAUCAUGCAGAUUUGUACUUUUGAUCCGUGAGCUCCCGCAACCUGCGCGUACACAACCACAGUCCGUUAUCGAAGCGAAAAACAAACUUCGAGUAAGUUGAGUAAUAUUUAAAUAUUUAUAGCUUCAUUGCAAGUAGAAUAAUUCCGUGUUUUUCAGUUAGAUCACGAUGAAAGUUGCAAUUGUUGUUGUUGUUGCACACCUCAAAGUCCAUGCCUUAAAUAUGUGCAACCAAAGGUACCAAAGUCUUUUGCUCCCAUUCGUUACUACUGGAAAUCGAAUAUACCGAUGGAUAAGAACACAACAUACCAACUCUCGUAUUGGGAAUGCCCUACCUCAACCGUGGAACCUAUUCGACUACAAAAUUGGUUGACUACUGGCGAGGGUGAAAUAUCUGACAAAACAACGUAUAAGGACAGUUACUUUGGUAAUUGGUGCAUCACACCCGAGCAACCUAUCACGCCGUGUUCGAAACAAUGGCUCGGCAGAGGUCCUAUACAAGACGUUACUACUCAAAAGCAUGACUAUACGUGGAAAUCCAUGGAACCAGUUCAAGCUUUCAAAGCGCAGCAAAACUUGUACUGUCCAGCAGCGCGAUUAGCUGACGAUACCACAUAUAGAUUGAGUUACUAUCCAUCUGCUUGUCACUUGCCUGCUACAUCUUAUGCCCCUAUAAGGAAAUAUGCUAGACCAGACAUUCCAAUGGACGACUGCACGACUUACAGACUUAGUUACUGGCCGAAUGAUGGAGCUACGAAGGCUGAACAGCCGUGGUACACAAAGAGAGAAUACAUACCGCCCGUGGAGCCACUGGACGGCUGCACAACUUACAAAUUGAGCUAUUGGCCACAUUGCGAGGAGAUACGUCAACCCAUUAGAAAUCAGGAAAAUGAUAAUUUAUUAAACGCUGGCUGCUGUUCUGAUAAUAACACCACUUAUCGACUCAGUUACUUCGGCUCCGAAGGCGGCAAGCGAGAUCCCAUUCGACAACCUAACAACAUCCUCUUUUCGCCUUGUCCUGCAGCUUAUGAUACCGUUAAUCGAAUGAGUUUCUUGGGAAAUUGGUGCGUGAAACCAGAAACAGCGAUUACACCAUGUAGCAAGCAAAUGUUGGGAGGAGGACCUAUGCAGGAGGUGACUACUCAAAAACACGAUUACACGUGGAAGAAUAUACCAGUAGAACAGGAGAUUCGUCCCGAAAACAACCUUAUCACUGCGAAUGCCUGCAUGGAUUGUUGCACGACUCACAGGCUGUCUUAUAUACCCAAUUGCAAAUCGUUGACACCCGUUCAAUCGUACGCUCCAAUACGCAGAUACAGUUCACCAAGCGUUCCAAUGUUAGCGGAUACUACCAUGCAACUGAGCUAUCAGCCGGUAGAUGUUGCAAGUCCAGUGGAAAAACCAUGGAGCGACAGGCCCUCUUACUAUCCUCCCGUGACUCCAAUGGAGGAUAAUACGACGUACAACAACAGUUACAUUCCACCUGGUACAUUGGUCCCACAAUGCACAUGUUAAUGAAUCAUCUUCCACGACGUUGCAACUCGACGAAACAGGUUUGUCUUCCUGAUUUUCUAUCUUCCUUCAACUCUCGCGACUUAUUUCGAAGGUCC